AUGUAUCGACAUUUUUACAAUGACGAACCGGGAACGACAAAGCCCCCAUAUUCCAUUGAUCUCGCAGCGAGUAGAAUACAGUCCGUUGCCGGAAAAAUAAACACGUUGGUAGGAGAGGUAAGAGUCACCCAUCUAUUGUGUUUUUAAAAUCCUUACGAAUAGAAAUGCAAAUAUCAUCAAAGAUAAGAGCGUGAGUCAGCAAAAAAAUACAUGUUUCACUUUGUACGACUAAACGCGUUUUCAGGUAAAAACAAAUGGCAAAAUAAUAACAACAAAGGGAGACGAAGUAGUAACAAGUCUGGAUGUCAGCUUCCGUCAACUUUCAACGGACUUUGACCAGCUUUUGGUGGGUGAUAUAUUUUUCUCGUUGUGUGGUUACAAAUUGAAACUUUUGAGACUCAUUUUUUUAAUAUUUUAAAAAUUACAAUUUUUUUUCUAGGGCACAGCCAGCGAUAAGUUCGCAGGAUUUCCCCUGUCCAUUCUUUACACAUUUCUAAUCGUCGCGUUGGUCGCCAUCUUCCUAGCAAUGAUAUUUCUGAUAUUCUACGCCCUUCACAAAUUCGCUGCCAAGAAAUACGAAUCCCUCGAUUCUCCACAACCCUCCGAGAUCUCUGCCAUAUAA